AUGAUCCCAAACAUCCUCCGCCGCCUUCAGGGCGGAAACCUAGAAGUUUUCAAGUUCGGCAUGUACGUCCUCUUCCCCAUCGGCUGGAUGUACUACUUCGGCACAAACCUCGACGACCGCUUCAACGUCAAGAACUUCUGGCCCACGGCCGAGCAAUCACAUAAGAUCCCUCUGGACAAGGAAGAGAUUGAUAAAGAGCUAGCACGCAUGCGCAUGGUGGACACCCUCCGACGAGAGAGGCAGCAAAAGGAGCAAGCUGCAUUGGCAGCUCAGGCACAGGCUCAACCGGAGGCACAGCAGUCGCAGGCCGGACAAUGA